AUGUCCAGCACCGCUGACCCGGUGUCUCUGGAGCCUGGGACGGAUCCCGCCCAAGUUGUGUCGGGCAGAGGCCCGACUUUCAAACGGGUCUAUCAGGCAUGCGAGAGCUGUCGACAAAAGAAACACAAGUGCAGUUUGGGAGAUCCAGCAAAUCCCAAACGGCCUUGUAAAGCCUGUCGUAGAGCCAACUUAUUGUGUGUCCUCCCAGAGAAAAAGCGAAGAGGUCGGCCUCCAAAGAAAUCCGGGCACAAUUUUGGGAACGGCGAACUAUAUUCGGGAACGACUACCACGAGGGAUUACGACUUUAAUUUACCCUAUCCCGCGAGCAGAGAAGGCCAGUCCGCCUGGCAGACGUUUAUGGGGUCUUUUAAGCCCGUCGUGGGAAAUAAUGAAGGUGUUGCAACGAGGGCGCCUAGUUCCAGAGAGAAUCAUAGUCACCGACAGUUACCGAGCUACGAUCAACAAAUGGCCAGUCAAACUCUGGCGACCUUUCCACUCAGAAACACAUCAGAUGCUAUACGACUUUUGGACCACGAUCGAACAUCAUUAAGCUCAGAGCAGUCCGAUGGAGCGGAUGUGCUAGGCGCUGGCUCUUCCAGGCCGCAGUUCUUCCUCCUUCGAGAAGGCCUCAUAGAUGAGGCGACCCUCUUCAGACUGUUUCACUUCUACCUUGGCUCCUUACACCCCAUCAUGCCGCUAAUCCCGUUUGAAAGGAGACCGACAACAUCGGAGCACAUCCUCACCAUGGCCGGGCGAGAGCCGCAUUUCGUGGCCGCGAUCCUUGUGGUGACAACCGGUCUAUUGGGGGAGUAUACCCUGCAUCGUCAUUUAUGGCAGAGAGUGGAGCGGCUUUUCGCCCAGGUCGCGAUUAAGGGAACGAAUGAAUCUCUGGAGAUGAUUGAAGGAUUGUUGCUCCUUUCAGAAUACCCACCAAAUAUGGGCCACAGUACAGGGCUGGGAUUUGAAGAUCGAAUGUGCUGGAUGACGGUCGGCACCGCCGUCAGGCUAGGUUACCUCCUGGGUCUCGAGCAGCUGGUCAUGCAGCCAGACGAUAUCGAGGAGAAAUUUGUCGACGAUCGCGGUAGAGGGAAGAUUGUAUGGGCUUAUUGCUACUGUCUCGAUCGACAAAUAUCCAUUCGCGUUGGGAAACCAUUCUGGCACCGAAGUCCUGGGAUGACGAUCCAGCAUCUGCACUUCGAUCCAGCCGAUGACUUCCCCCAGAUGCGCGAGAUCGAGGGCCUCCAAGAUGACUACGCCGCAUACUUGCAGUGUCUCAUGCAUAUAACGCAGGUACUGAGCAACGCUCAUGACCUGUUAUACCCCUCCAAAAGCCACUCGCUCGCCAUCGCGAAAGCAGAGCACUACUAUAAGCACAUCGAUGAAUUUACAGAAGCUCUGUCCGCAUUCCGCAAUAGAUGGCAGAAGAAACCGUGGCGAACAUAUCCGGUCAACGAAUGCGUCUGGAUAUCAUUUGUGAGCACUUGA